UUCGUCGAAUGACUUGUCACGAGCAAUAGCCCAGGUUGAAACAGAACAACUAAUGAAUGAUUGUAUCAAUAUCAAUGAGGAGGAUGAGAUUUUCACUUCUCAAUCCCAAGGAGCCUGGAAAGAAGUUGCGAAAAAACGAAAAAGGUCACUUGUCAUUGAAAAUAAUAAAGAAACUGGAUCUGUGAAAGUAGUGCCAAAACAUGUUUCUCUGCAUGUGUACAGAUUGGAUCCCCAAACAACAGUCAAUGAGUUACAACAGUCACUUGUUGGAAGUUUCCCGGAGGUAAAUUGUGAAGCGUUGAAUUCAAAAUUUCCGUCUAUUUAUUUCUCAUUCAAGGUAACUUUUUAUGAGGAUAAUUUUAAGAAAGUGAUGGACCCGGAGGAGUGGCCUUAUGGUGCAUGCGUUAACCGUUUUUUAGUGAAACACAAAAUGAACCGCCCAAUUCCAUAAUUUUCAAGCCUGACUCACUUACGUUAAACGUUAAUACCUUGACAACUGAUAAAAUCAACUAACUUUUGAGUGAUACAA